AUGAUAGUAUUUCUAUCGCUGAUCAUCCUACUGGGUGAUAUUCCUGGCGGAUCAACAGACGAGUGUUUGCCUAAUUCCAGUGGGAUCGAUCAACAGUGCUCUCCGGUGAUUGGAAACAAAUGCACGAAGGAAGAUGAUUGCCCGAUAUCCAACACCAUAUGCGAUCAAGUAUGCAAGUGUAAAGGUGGAAUGCAUCCUUCAGAGGACAAGAACUUCUGUGAAACUGAUGUUAAAAGAAUUGGUGACAGCUGCAAAGAUGAUGAAUGCAAUACGAUCGAAAACGCCGUUUGUAAACAAACUAACGUCAAGACGAAGUUCUCUGGGAACGAAAUAUGGGACACCGAGUCCACGUGCCAAUGUAAGCUCAACCAUUUUUUGUCGAACGUGAAAUGUGUCAAGUACGCAAAUGAUUUACGGGAUAGAUGCGAAGACAAUCAUGAAUGUUACAAGAUUAUUGGAAGCAAGAAGUGCAAUAAGACGACCAACACUUGUCAGUGCAAUGAGAAAAUUUACUACCUGGCAGACGGCAAAUGCCACAAAAAAGCAAAAAAUUUGCACGAUGCUUGUCAUCAUCCGUCCGGAUGUAAACCUAAAUUAUCUGAAUGCCUUAACAAUGAAUGUCAAUGCGAAUCAAACUAUAUCGAAUACAACAAUGCAUGUUACGGUCUUUUGACCGCCACUUGUUCUCAGCCAUCCGAUUGUCUGUCAACCUCUUUCUCAUGCGAAUCAAGCACUUGUAAAAACGUUGAACGUCAAAAAGGAAAAAAAAUAGUAUCUUCAAAACCUGGAGUGUCUUUGUACUGGACCAAUCGAACUGCUGAUUCAAUAGGUGCUACUGACGGAUUUUACGCUGGACUCGAUAAUCAAUUUAAAGUAUACGUAUGUCGUCUAACUCACGAAGGUUUAGUGAUCCCCGGAAAAUUGCUUGAAUUUAAAAAUUCAACUCGCUGUGAUCCGGAAUAUCUUCAGGAAGAAUUAAGAUUGAAACAAUUCGAAAUGCUUAGGGGUUCGAGCUUGAAAUGGAGCAAUUCAUCGAUCACACUUGACAAAGCCGUUUAUGGUGGUGCUAACAAAGACGAUAAACCGUAUCUUAUUUGUCGCGUUGUUCAUACUCAGGAUAGUGGUCAGAUUAUCGUUGGAAGACUUGAACCUCCACAAUACAAAUCUUGUAUCGUACCUUAUAAUGGACAGAUAUAUAAUUAUGAAAAAUUUGAUAUUUUAGUCCACGAAUAA